GAGAAUAUGAUAAAUAAUUGUCCAAAAUCAUGAUAAAUUCACAUAUCUUUGUUCUCAAAACAGUGCAAGGGCAGACUGCUAACCCAGCGUCCUUGAUCAGAUAUCAAACCUGUAAUCAGAUUUUUGCCAAACCUAGAACUUGGCAAAUCAAUGAAAUUGUGGUGAGAAAUCUAUCCACGGAAACUAGAAAACCUCUGAGCCGUAGUAUUGCUACAACCAGGAGUUAGGACGCAUCCAGUCCUUGUUGACGGAAAGUGUAAAGAACUACGCACCGACGACAUUCAACCGAUACAUCUCCGACUCCAUGGUUGCAAACAGGAGGGUUCGAUACACCAUCUGGGAUACAUCAGGGAGCAGAGAGGGAAACAGCACUCGCUCCCUUGCAUCCAGGGAGGCAGACGUGUUUAUGCUCUGCUACAAUAUCAGUGAUCCAAGUACACUGUUCAGUGCGAUCAAUUCCUGGGUUCCGGAGCUCCGCAGUCAAGCUCCAACUACACCUAUUAUCCUAGUCGGGUGUCAGAGUGAUUUAAGAACUGACAGAAAUGUGAUUCAAAACUUAGCCAAGGUUGGGAAAUCUCCCGUGUCAUCCCAACAAGCUCUAUCCAUGUCACAACAGAUUCAAGCUGUCAUGUACGUUGAAACCUCCGCCAAAACAUCGAUUCGAGGCGUUGCUUCCGCCUUAGAAGUGGCAGCUCUGACCUCCUUAGGGCAGAUAUCUCCUCCGCCCACUAUUAACCAGUCAAAUCCACCCUCCUCCAACCCUUCUCCGUCUCCUGUUCACAUGAGACAAAACUCCUUGAAUCAGUUGAACUCUUCAACUCCUCCCCCAGCUCAUCAUAGGCAAUCCUCCCUUAUUACUCCGACCCAGAAUACUCCUUCUCCCAUGAUCUCGAAAAAGCACAGGAACCGAAGUCUCUCGGUAACCCGUCACCGGAAUGACAUGCUUCGAACUAGCCUGAGACCUUUAAAUUCAUCCUUGAUGAGCACUCCGGACGAUUCUCUUCUUCACAUUGAACCGUCCGAAACCUUCUGGGAUCAGUUUCAUACUCCUAAGGAUAGCUUCACACCAAAGAGUUCUCCACGAACCGGAGGCGAGGAGUCACCUGUCUCCUCCCGACAGAGCGAAGGAUCGCCCCGAUCUCCAACUCUUAACUCAAGAUCGAAGAUGGGUAGCCUCAGCUCGAUGAGUAUGCGUUCUAAGUCAAGCACGCUUUCGAGCACGAAAAGCGACGCAUCCAUGCACUCUGUAUCCAACACCAAAGCUCCAACUAUCUCGAUAACGACGAAAACUCCGAAGCAGAAUCGAAAAACCCCGGAGAAGGAUAAAACCAAGACUGAGAAAAUGAUCACAAUCAAGUGUCAGCGACUGACAGCAGAUAGAACCUACGAGGAGGUUGAGAUUGAAGUUCCUGCUCCGGUAUAUGAAACCAUGCAGAACUAUACUGAGAAUGGAACCAACCUAUCCCGUCAAACGAGGGAAAAGCGCGGGAUCGGAACUAAAAUAAAGUGUCUCUUCUCCAAAACUGCGAGUUAAAGGACGUCAAUAUGUCCUUCACGUGACCCUGUGAUAAAAAUUUUCUGUACACAAAAUAAACACGAUAAUUUGAAAUAUAAUGUUAAGAUUUGCAAA